UGUGAGGGCAGCGCCCGCGGCGCCAGGCGGACUCGGCUGCUGUAGCGGCCCGGCCGGGAGCGGCGCGCUGAGGGGCCCCGCCGGCCGCCCCCACCGCCGUCUGCAGGCCGGCCCCCGCGGCGGGAGGAAAGAUGUCGUUCUUUAACUUUCGGAAGAUCUUCAAGCUGGGCGGCGAGAAGAAGAAGAAGCAGUACGAGCACGUCAAGAGGGACCUGAACCCGGAGGAGUUCUGGGAGAUCAUAGGAGAGCUGGGCGAUGGGGCGUUCGGCAAAGUGUUCAAGGCUCAGAACAGAGAAACAAAAGUACUGGCUGCUGCAAAGGUGAUUGAUACUAAAUCAGAAGAAGAACUUGAAGACUACAUGGUAGAGAUCGAUAUCUUGGCAUCCUGUGAUCAUCCUAAUAUUGUUAAGCUCCUAGAUGCUUUCUACUAUGAAAACAAUCUGUGGAUCCUGAUCGAAUUUUGUGCAGGUGGAGCAGUAGAUGCAGUAAUGUUGGAGCUUGAAAGGCCAUUAACGGAGCCGCAGAUCAAAGUGGUGUGCAGGCAGACACUGGAAGCGUUGAACUACUUGCAUGAAAAUAAGAUCAUCCACAGAGAUCUAAAAGCUGGCAAUAUUCUUUUCACACUGGAUGGAGACAUUAAACUAGCGGAUUUUGGAGUAUCAGCUAAAAACACAAGAACAAUACAAAGAAGAGAUUCUUUUAUCGGAACGCCAUAUUGGAUGGCUCCGGAAGUAGUAAUGUGCGAGACAUCUAAAGACAGGCCCUACGAUUACAAGGCUGACAUUUGGUCUCUCGGCAUUACUUUAAUUGAAAUGGCUCAAAUAGAGCCACCUCACCAUGAACUGAAUCCAAUGCGAGUGCUCCUGAAAAUAGCAAAAUCCGAUCCACCUACAUUAGCACAGCCUUCAAAAUGGUCAGCGGAUUUUAAAGAUUUCCUGAAGAAAUGUUUGGAAAAGAAUGUAGAUUCAAGGUGGAGUGCAACUCAACUUCUACAGCAUCCAUUUGUUACUGUUACGUCCAAUAAACCAAUAAGAGAACUGAUUGCAGAAGCUAAGGCAGAAGUUACAGAAGAAGUGGAAGAUGGUAAAGAUGAGGAUGAAGAAGAGGAAACAGACAAUUCUCUGCAGUUACCUGCAGACAAGCGUGCAUCUUCUGACCUUAGUAUCGCCAGCUCUGAAGAGGAUAAGCUUUCACAGAAUGCUUCUGUUCUGGAAUCUCUUUCUGAGAAAACAGAAAGUAAUGCGAUUGAGGAGAAAAGCGACACUAUAUUUCCAGAGGAUAAAACAAUUGAAGAUGACUCUGAGGACAUUAAAAUUAGGAAAGCAGCUGAAAGCAUUCCCGAUGCUGUCGUUGGGGAUGUCAAAGUGCAGAAUGGUUCUGUGCCAACUGGUGAAGUUGAGCAAGGCAAAAUAUUGCCCACUGAAAAGAAUACGGAAAGUCUGGAAGAAACAGGUGAAGAUACAGAACCUCAGAAAGAAAGGAAAGAACUUGAUGCAGAAACAAAAUCAGAAGUAAAGGAUGAACACAGUCUAAAAACAGAGAAAGAAAAUGACAUAGGAAAUGAACGCAGAGAGGAAAAUCAACUGAAAAUAGUACCUAGAGCUGACAAUAGCAUAGAAACUGGAGAAGCCGUUUCUGAGGUAACUGGUGAAAAAGAAGAGGAAAACAGAACAGAUCUCUCUGAGAGCAAGAAUGAAAAGGUCACUGCAGAAAAUAUCAUAGAGCAAAAGGAAGAUGAAGACGAAACUGAGAAAGAGGCAAUAAGAGAUGUCACUACAGAAUCUGUACCUAGUGCUGAGGAUAAAGUGUCAGAUGAGGAAAAGGAACUCAUAAAGCAUGGAACUGAAAACAUUAAGGAGAUGGGUGGUAUUGCUGAAACACAGAUCAGCGAUGGGGAUAAAACACCUGAGACGUCGGAUAAGCCGGUGGAAAGUCAGGCUAAGCAGGUCCUUGAGAUAAUCAGCUCUGAAGAAAUUCUAUCAGAAAGCCAAGAUAAAGCGAUCGAAGUAGACAAGAAGCUGGCAGAAAGUGAAAAUGAGAAUAUCUGUAAAAUAAGUAGCGUGGAGGAAAUAGAGAGCAAAGACUCUGGAGAAGAUGAUGUAGGCCAGAAGGCAAUACAGGGCAAGCCUGAGGAUAUUUCCAAUAAAACGGUGGAUGAACAGACUGAGAUGGACCAGAACCCAGAAGAGCAGAGAGCUGAGGAUAUCCAGGAAAGCAAUAUUUCAUCGGACAAAGAGCGACCAGAAGUUUCUUCUGAUAAAAUAACGAAGAAUAAGCUUCAAGAUACUACCAACGAACAAGCUGAUUACUCUGAACUCACUCCGGUCCCCAGUAUUAGUAUCAGCACCGAAGAAAAUAAUGAAAAGGUCAAAAUGGAGAAUCAAGACAGUACUGAAACGUUACAGCAGCUAGAAUCUGAGAACCUGAAGGAAAAUGAUGCAGACUCGGGCACAGGUUCUACGGCUGAUAACAGCAGCAUUGAUCUGAGCUUGUCAAUUUCCAGUAUCCUUAGUAAAAACAAAGAGACAGGAUCAAUAUCUUUACAGGAAACUAGGAGACAGAAGAAAACUUUAAAGAAAACUCGGAAGUUUGUUGUUGAUGGAGUAGAAGUGAGUGUAACAACAUCGAAAAUAGUUACUGAAAAUGACUCGAAAAGUGAAGAAAUGAGGUUCCUGCGGCGUCAGGAGCUAAGAGAGCUGAGGCUUCUUCAGAAAGAGGAGCAGAGAGCCCAACAGCAGCUCAGUAACAAGCUCUUACAACAGCGGGAGCAGAUGUACAGGCGUUUUGAACAGGAAAUGACAAGCAAGAAGCGGCAGUACGAUCAAGAAAUAGAAAAUCUCGAGAAGCAGCAGAAGCAGACAAUAGAGCGCUUGGAGCAGGAGCACACGAAUCGACUGCGAGAUGAAGCGAAGCGCAUCAAAGCAGAGCAGGAGAAAGAACUGUCCAAAUUCCAGAACAUGCUGAAGAACAAGAAAAAGGAGGUUUUUUGUGAAGUGGAGAAAGCACCAAAAGAGCUGAGAAAAGAGCUCAUGAAACGCAAGAAAGAGGAGCUUGCACAAAGCCAGCAUGCUCAGGAGCAGGAGUUCGUACAGAAGCAGCAACAGGAACUGGAUGCAUCUCUGAAGAAAAUUAUUCAGCAGCAGAAGACAGAACUAGCCACUAUUGAGCGCGAUUGCCUCAACAGCAAACAGCAGCUCAUGAGAGCUCGCGAAGCUGCGAUCUGGGAGCUGGAGGAGCGACAUCUACAAGAGAAACACCAACUCCUCAAACAGCAGCUCAAGGAUCAGUACUUCAUGCAGAGGCAUCAGCUGCUUAAGAGGCAUGAAAAGGAAACGGAACAAAUGCAGAGAUAUAACCAACGCCUUAUCGAAGAGUUAAAGAACAAGCAAACUCAGGAAAGAGCCAGACUGCCUAAAAUCCAGCGAAGUGAAGCAAAGACUCGGAUGGCUAUGUUUAAGAAGAGUUUAAGAAUUAAUUCAUUAGCCUCUCCAGAUCAAGAUCGUGAAAAAAUUAAGCAGUUUGCAAUCCAAGAAGAAAAGAGACAGAAAAAUGAGAGACUGGCGCAGCAUCAGAAACAUGAAAAUCAAAUGCGGGACCUCCAGCUGCAGUGUGAAGCGAACAUCAGAGAACUGCAUCAGCUACAGAAUGAAAAAUGCCAUCUACUGGUUGAACACGAGACUCAGAAGCUAAAAGAGCUAGAUGAAGAGCACAGCCAAGAACUGAAGGAAUGGAGAGAGAAAUUGAGACCAAGAAAAAAGACGCUGGAAGAAGAAUUUGCCAGAAAACUGCAGGAACAGGAAGUUUUCUUUAAAAUGACUGGAGAAUCGGAAUGCCUUAACCCUUCAACACAAAGCCGGAUUUCCAAAUUCUAUCCAAUCCCCAGCCUUCACUCGACUGGGUCGUAACUCUGGGAACUGCCGUCGGUUUCUCGUAUUUGGAAUUCUUCAUCCUCGUCGUCUAACGUGAGCUAAUUGCAGUGUGCAUCCAAGGACCUGGCACUUUUUGUUUUCAGUGGAGACAAUCAGUGUCAUGACCACUUUUAUUUUAUUUUUUUUACUUCUUUGAAUGGAAGAAAGGAGAAAAGGAGUUGCUGCAUCACGGUAAUGUGACGUCCUUCAGAUGUUUCAAGAAUACGUGUUUUUUUUAUUAUCUCGGUCUCAAAGUACAUUAUCUAUGGUUUCGACUUUAAGAAAGUAAGUCUAGAACAUGAAUUGUAAUAUUUCUCAUCACAAAAAAAUGUUUAUGUGAAUUUUUGAACGGUGUAAUAUUAGUUCUGCUACUGUGUUUUUAAGUGUCUCAUUUCUACACAAGAGAAUUCCACAACUGAAACUGCCCUGAGGGGUUUAAAACGUUGCAGUCUUGAGCAGUGUUCUCAGAGCAAGGACUGAAGCUCAUUACUCAGCAUGCCAAUAACCAAAAAUACAAAACCCUUGUGCUUACACAUGAUUGGUAACAGUAAAAGCCUUUGCAACUUCUUUAAAAGAGAAACCUCUGGCAUAAAUGAAACGGAGCUGAUCUCCGUUCCCUAUUUUGUCCAUUAGUUCCAUAAUGAAAUGGGGUGCUAGCUUAAUUAAGACAGUGCCUGAAACACUUAGUUAUGCUAAUCCUGGCGACAGGGUGGUGUUUUGUCAUUUAAAAACAAAACAAAAACUCCUUUGCAUUGCUGUUACUGUACAAAACAGAUUUCUUGCUGCUACUGCCAUUUUUGUUGUAAAUCCUCACCCUAAAAUAUUUUGCACUAAAAUAUGUAAAGGUGACAGAAAUGCUAACUUUAAAAUACACGGUUUAUUAAUUUCCUUAGCUAUUACAGGUGGUUAGUUCUACAAAUUGAAAACCUGUAGAAUGUAUUUUUUAGAAAGCAAUGUGCAAAAUGCACGCAGUCUCUAACUGUAGCUGGACGGGUAGGGCCAUCGUUCUGAUCUCACCAAAGCCUGCUCCUUUAAGCUCCAUCAGAGCGUGGAGGUGGGUGGUCGUAUUUACAGGUAACCACGGCGGAGUCUGAUUUCAUUAUAAGUGUUAGAGCUGAUUUGUUGUUGUUGUUGUUUUAUUCAUUUUAUUUUAUAGAAAGAUUUAAGUUAAAUAUAUAGACAAAAUUCCUAAUGAAGCUGGUUUUUUUUUUUUUUUUUUGGCUUUUGUGUUGCCACGUACUAACAUAGAUGGUUUUUAUUUUUCAUGUUUGUAGAUGUACAAUAAGUUAUUUACCUGACUGAUCUGCAGUGGAAAAAAGUCUGAAAUGUUUCUUAUACAGCUGGUAGGGAAAUAAAAGUGGAUUAGGUCACUUUUACUGCACUCCUUUUGGUGGCAGUCAUAUCAAGACAGUACUGCAAGCUGUGCUUUGAUAUGCCGGUGUUAAAUUUGUAAAAUAGUAUUUACUUGGUUAUUUGAGGCCUAACUUUCUAUUCUCUUUGGGCAUCAACUGUAACAUUUGUUUUGCUAGCUCACAUUGCACGUGAGGCUGGUGAACGUGAUGCAGUGUUCAUGUCAUGGGAACAGUACUGAUGCAUGUGAACGAACUCUUAAGUUAACAUAGGAUUGGAGUCAGAUGCGGUUGACAGUGUGGAUGCUGAAAUCUUAGGAUGCUGAAGCUACACCUUCUCAACGAAGACGCUUAAAAUUUACAGCACGGUCUCAACAGUUGGAAAAUGCAUGUUUUAAUUUAAAUUUUGUAACUUUUUGAUAGUGUAAUUACUUUACUAGCUAGCCCUAAUUUCUGGCAUUUUAUUAUAUAAAAGUGUAUUGUGUACUGUUGUAAAUUCACAUACCAUAUCUCUAGAAUGUUAUCUGUUGCAAAAUGCAAAGUUCUUUAAGUUGUUUCUUCAGUAGGAUGAAAUAUGUCUCUGGCCUUCACUUUCUAAGCCCCACCAUCAUAAACUGUUACUAAAAUCAGCAGGUAAUCUUCAUCUCUGUGUUUAAGAACUUGUUUGCAUUUUUGUAUGCAGUAGGCUCAGUGACUUAUCUGGGGAGUGGACAUGGCAAGCAGAUCUUCCCUUCGAGGCUCCCUCUGCCUUUAUCCGCAUUAAAUUCUCAGAGAAAUGUGAAAUCUU